GGGCCGGUGCUGGAGAUGGACGUGGAGUGGGGCAGCAGAGCCGCCUCGUCGCUGGGCAGCGGCGCGGGGGCCGCGGCGGGCGGCGGGCGGCGGGCGCGGCGGGGCCCCGCGGGGCACGGCGGGGCCGAGGGGCCGGGCCGCCUCCCGGGGCCGCCCGACGGAGCCGCGCCCCGCAGAGCGGCCUGGGCCAAGCGCCUGGCGCGGAGACUGCGAGGUCUGUGGGGGACGAGACUCAUGGAAGAGAGCAACACCAGCAGAGAGCGGUACCUGAGAAGUGUUUUACGGGAGCUGGUCACGUACAUGGUUUUCCUCGUGGUCCUGUGUGUCCUGACUUAUGGGACAGUGAGUUCCAGUAUGUACUAUUAUACAAGGGUUAUGUCACAGCUCUUCCUGGAAACACCUGUGUCGAAAACGGAGAGAACUGAUUUCAAAACUUUGUCCACAAUGGAUGACUUCUGGAAGUUCACGGAGGGCCCUUUGCUGGAUGGUCUUUACUGGGAGAUGUGGUACAACAACAAAACCACGGCAGAAAACAAAAGCUUCAUUUAUUACGAGAACCUGCUCCUAGGGGUGCCUCGCAUUCGGCAGCUGAAAGUCAGGAACGGUUCGUGCUCCAUACCUGAAGAUUUAAAGGAUGAGAUCAAGGACUGCUAUGAUGUCUACUCUGUAGCUAACGAGGACACUGCUCCUUUCGGACUCCGCAAUGGAACUGCCUGGACCUACACCAAUGAGAAGGAUUUGAAUGGGAGCAGCCACUGGGGCUUGAUUGCCACGUACAGCGGGGCUGGUUAUUACCAAGACCUCUCGAGGACCAGAGAAGUGACAGCUCUGCAGAUUGCGAGCCUGAAGAAGAACCUGUGGCUGGACAGAGGGACCAGAGCAGCCUUCAUUGAUUUCUCUGUGUACAAUGCCAACAUCAACCUAUUCUGCGUGGUCAGGUUGCUAGUGGAGUUUCCAGCCACUGGAGGCCUGGUUACAUCUUGGCAGUUUCAGCCUGUGAGGCUGAUUCAUUACAUCUCCACUUUUGAUUUUUUCCUGGCAGCCUGUGAAAUGUCCUUCUGUCUUUUUGUUCUGUAUUAUAUGGUGGAAGAAGUCCUAGAAAUUCGCAUUCAUAGGCUGCGCUACUUCAGAAGUCUCUGGAAUUGCCUUGACAUCCUUAUCAUUGUGCUGUCUGUGGUAGCUAUAGGCAUUAGCAUCUAUAGGACAUCAACUGUUGAUGUGCUCCUCAAGAAGCUGCUGGAAGAUCAGAACUCAUUCCCCAAUUUUGAACCCUUGGCAUACUGGCAAAUGCAGUUCAACAACAUUGCUGCAGUCACUGUGUUUUUUGUCUGGAUUAAGCUUUUCAAAUUUGUCAACUUCAACAGAACGAUGAGCCAGUUAUCCACCACGAUGUCUCGCUGCGUCAAAGACGUCGUUGGCUUUGCCAUUAUGUUUUUUAUUAUCUUCUUAGCAUAUGCUCAGUUGGCCUAUCUUGUCUUUGGCACUCAAAUUGAUGACUUCAGCACUUUCCAGGACUGCAUAUUUACUCAAUUCCGCAUCAUUUUGGGAGACUUCAACUUCACAGAGGUUGAAGAAGCUAAUCGAAUUUUGGGACCCAUUUAUUUCACUACAUUUGUGUUCUUUAUGUUCUUCAUUCUUUUGAACAUGUUUUUGGCCAUUAUCAAUGAUACCUACUCUGAAGUCAAAUCAGAUAUGGCACAACAGAGGGCGGAAAUGGAAUUGUCUGACCUUAUCAGGAAGGGCUACAACAAAGCCAUGAUCAAACUUAAAUUGAAGAAAACUACUGUUGAUGACAUUUCAGAAAGUCUGAGACAAGGUGGGGGGAAACUCAAUUUUGAUGAACUCCGGCAGGAUCUCAAAGGGAAGGGGCACACAGAUGCAGAGAUUGAAGCCAUAUUUACCAAAUAUGAUCAGGAUGGGGACCAGGAAUUGACAGAGCAUGAGCAUCAGCAGAUGAGAGAUGACCUGGAGAAAGAGAGGGAGGAUCUGGACCUGGAUAGGAGCUCUCUGCCACGUCCUCUGAGCAGCCGCAGCUUCCCCCGGAGCUUGGAUGACUCCGAGGAGGAUGAGGAUGAGGACAGUGGACACAGCUCCAGGAGGAGGGGCAGCAGCUCUAGUGGGGUUUCCUAUGAAGAGUUCCAAGUACUCAUGAGGCGGGUGGAUCGCAUGGAGCAUUCCAUCGGCAGCAUCGUCUCCAAGAUCGACGCCGUUAUCGUGAAGCUGGAAGCCAUGGAGAGGGCCAAGCUCAAGAGGAGAGAUGUGCUGGGAAGGCUGUUAGAUGGAGUGACAGAGGAUGAAAGGCUGGGCCGGGACAGCGAAAUGCACCGGGAGCAGAUGGAGCGGCUGGUGCGAGAGGAGCUGGAGCGCUGGGAGUCGGACGACACGGCCUCGCAGAUGAGCCAUCGGCUGGGAACGCCCCUGGGGCUGAGCGGCCAGCCUCGCUCCAGGAGCUCCCGGCCCUCUUCCUCCCAGUCGGACGGCGUCGAGGCGGGAGCAGCAAAUGGGGGCAGCAACGUGCAUGUAGCUUGAGCUUCGUAGGCGAUCCCAAAUGUUUCGGGUCGGUAUUCAGCCAGCAAUGGCCCAGCGCCCCCUCCGCGGCAGGAGGGGGCCGUUGGGAUCAGACCGCCUUUCUCCACUGGUGGGGAGAAGCAAACCUUGGGUCCAUAAAUCAGCUUCAGGCCUGUGUGAGCCACGUGUAAUGCCAGCAGUGAGAGUGUCACCCGUGGAAUCAAAAACGCGGGAAGCGGAGUGGAUGUCAGGCGGGACAAAAUCUACCAGGACAGAAACCUGAUUCCAUAAAAAUAUCAUUGGCAGCGCUUGCACGAGGGCAGCGAGCUUCAGACAAAAUAAAGUGCAGUGGCUGGCGCACUAAAAGGCUACUAGCUUUCUGCUUCCUCUUGGAAAGUACGAUUUUUAAAGGCUUUUAAAAGCAAAUUUUAAAAUAAUAUGGCAUCAGUUUGUCUUAUUAUAACAGCUGACAGAUAAAACGGCACUUUUUUUUUUUUUAAAUACGAGUUUCUGCUUGUCUUGCUGAGUUAUUCUUGGUAUGCUAAUAUUUUACUUAAUUUAAAAUAUUCGUUUUUUCCUGUUUUGAGAGGUGCAUUUCCUUAAGCAGAAGAAAGUGCACUUGGUUUGUACGACUGUAAAUUACCUAAUUCUGUGGCAGAAACUGAAUGCAUUAUGGCUAGCAUUUCAGAAAAAAUAUUUGAGAACUGCCUCUUCACACCCAACUACCAAUAAUUUUCAGCUAUGUUGCAAAGUCUCCAUUUUUUAAUGCUACGUUUUAAUGAUUUAAGUGUUCCUGGGGUAAACAUUCCAGAGGUUCUUAGAUAAAUACAGCUACUUUACUAAUAAAAUACACUGUUUAAAAGCACACAAAAUUGAGAAACACUGAAGUUUUCCUUGGGUGCAACAGGGAAGGGAGCAGAGAAGUUUCUGAAAGCUGGGAAGAUUUGAUCUCAUGCCAUGUGGAGUUCUAAUCACAUCUUAACUAUGUGGUCUGUAUUUAACAUUUAACUGAGCUGCUUGUAAAAUUAUUAGGUACGUUUCUACAUAGACUUUUCUGCUGAGGUGCAACACAGGAUUCCUUUGGGAAGGUGUUUUUAAUAUAAUCACUGAUUUUUAGUAUUUAAUUCCCUCUGCUUUGUGUCACAGAAGCUUCGUUUUUGAAAGGACGUGCAACGCUGCUAUUCUCUUGGUUUCCUCCAGAGAGAACCGGGGCAGUGUUUGGAGUUCUGCCUAGCAGUAUGUUUCCAUUUGUGGAGUGCUGGUUUAGGAGGGAGGCUGUCCAUUCUGCCUUCUUUCCUGAAGAUGGCAGUUGUCUGGUGUUUAAAGACUGAGAGCUGGUGAAAAAGAAAAUGGAAUAAUCAAUGGAAAUAAUCAACCACGUCUCAGCUGUUAGUAGGGUACAUAGAGGAAAAAGGCCGGUUUAACGAAGUGUAAGUUGCAUGUGUUGUGUUGGUGCCUUCUGUUUCAACAAGCAGUUGUUAUCUCUUCAUUCUUGUGGGAGUGCUGCUUAGGCAAAGCUUCCAGGUUCCAUAUAUUCUUGCCUGGAUGAGCAGUGGCUCAGAAUGCCUUUCCUCUCACCAGGGAACUUGCUAAAACUAAAUAGGAUUCACGCCUUUCCAGUUUUAAUUUCAUGAGAGACCAUACGCACAGAAACCUCAUCAAUGUAAGGUGGAAAAGGGGGAAAUUCAGCAUUGGAAUUUCAUAGCAGCUGUGUCUCGGGAACAGAACUGUGUAGGAGAACAGGUUGUGGUUCUUGUGUGGGUUAUUUUGCCCUGUAUUGGGAAGAAAUCCAUAGCCUUUCACAAGAGUCCUCAUGACUCAUUGCCAAAACAGUGCACAGCAGGUAGGGCAUUUGUGGGGGAUGAGGGCAUUCAGAUUAAGCUCUCUCUUGCCUUGAUUGAAAGGUUUUACACCUCAGAAACCUUUCUGAGGAAAGCUUUUCAGUGUUGAACUGCAUUUCUGACUGUAAACAACAGACCAAAAGGGAACACCAGCUGUACGCAUGGCCAGCUGGUGCGCGAGGAAAACAGAAAACACGAUACCAAAGCAAAGCCUUGUCUUUAUAUUCAUUUCCAAAAUGUGUCAUUCAGAAUGUAAAUUCUGUCACUCAGUUCACCUUUCAUUUGUACAUAUAUGUUUGUUAUGAAAAUGUUUGCAUUAAGAGUAGCUGUAUUUGUUGGGGUGUAUUUCUGUAGCGUGUCGUUACUUGAUAACAAACUUCGUCUCGAAGUGCAAGAAGUUUCCACGGGGUGCCCCUGUGUGUUGACAGUGGGCCUUGCAGUAAGUGCAUUGCCACUUGACAGAUGUUACAAACAUUUUAUUGGUGCAUUUUUCAGUUGUAGAUUAUAGUAUUGUUGCUUAUUACAAAGGUACAGUGUCUUGCAUAGCGAUGUACAGAGUUCGGUCUUAUUAGGAAGCUGUUAAUUAUGCAAGUCUUCUACAAUGAUCAAGAAUGUAUUGAUCUGUAAAACUGAGCACUUUACUUCCUAAUAAACAUUUUAUGUAAUCUACAAAGCAAA